AUGUCACAGAAGGAUGUCCGUGUCCGUGUCUGUGAAAAUACCAGCAGCUGGGUUAAGGUACCCCGUCAGUCGACCAGAUAUUCCUUUGAAAGAUGGCAGGUCUCCUUGGCGAUGGCGUUUUCCUUAUCCUUUAACACCGAUAUUCAAAGUUGA